AUAGAGUUUUCUUCUGUGAAAGUAAGAAGUAGUGGAGAAGGCUUAAAUUAAUUACUUGAUUAUAAUUUAUUGGCAGUAUUGAAAUACUGGCAAUAUUUUACACAUCGAACGCAUUCGUUCAUUAUAAUUCAGUGUAGAAGUUUUUCUGUGGAGCAAAUAAACAAGUGAAUAUAUAAAAAGUAAGAAGCUCUGCUGUUAUCAUGGAUAAAAUUGAACAUUUAUACAAAUGUUAUGAUGUAUUGUCGGAAGCUGGGGAGGAUAAGGCAAAGCACGCUGAGGAAUAUAAAACUAUUCUAAAUGCUGUUAAAGGUUCUUCCAAAGAAAAACGUUUGGCUUCCCAAUUUAUUGGAAAGUUUUUUAAGUAUUUUCCUGAUUUAACGGAUAACGCCAUUGAUGCUCAGCUUGAUCUCUGCGAGGAUGAUGAUAUACAGAUACGUAAGCAAGCUAUCAAGGACUUGCCGAAAUUAUGCUUGGAUAAUCCACAACAAACACCUCGUAUAGCUGAUACCUUGGCACAAUUGCUGGUUUUAACAGAUGUUGUAGAGCUGCAACAAGUUUUCUCUGCAUUUGAAACAAUUAUUAAGAAAGACACUAAGGGUUCAUUGGCUGGCUUGUUUCAACAAAUCUCUAAUGGAGAUGAAGUCACUAGAGAACGUUGUUUCAAGUACAUUUUGAAGAAAUUGUUGCCAAUGGGACCAGCUAUCAUAACAUCUGAGGUUGAAGAAUAUAUUGUUGAUGAAAUCAAAAAGAUUUUAAUGGAUGUAAGUGCAGAUGACUUCCACUUCUGCAUGAACAUCUUAGGUUCCACAAAAUUGGGUUCAACAAUCACUGGUCAUUCUCAAUUGGUUAACUUGGCAAAAGAACAAGCAGAGCUAAAUAAUGAUAUUGAUGAGAUCACCAUUGAUGAUGAAAUUGUUGAACGUUUUAUUCAGUGUUCCACUCAUGCAAUGCCAUACUUUUCUCAUACCAUUAAGUCUACGGAGUUCGUCGAAUAUGUCUGUGACAAGUUACUUCCGUUAGCAACAUGGAAUAUGUUGGCAACUGCUGUUCAGCAAAAUCAAGUUCAAUUACGUCUACUAAAAGUAUUUGCAGAAAUGACUCCAUAUUGUGAUGUGUUGCCUGAAGCAGUAAAGCGUAUUGAUUCCGUUUAUACAGUAUUAAGGGAGUAUAUGCCGUUGCCACAGCUUGAUGAUAAAGACGUCGGAAAUACUACUCCAUCGUUCGAGUUUUCUCAUGCAGAAUGCCUUCUUUAUGCUUUGCACACCUUAGGCAAAAAGAAUACUAAUUCUUUUUCUUUUAUUAAUGACCCAGAAAAGUUGAAGGAUUUUCGUUCUAGACUUCAAUAUUUAGCACGUGGCACACAAGGUUAUAUUAAAAAGUUAGAGGAAGCUGUUAAGGGUAAAAAUGAGGAAGAAUUGAAAUCUGAGGAGAAUCAAGUAAAACUAACUGCACUUAAGACUACUUCUAAUAUAAGUGUCUUGAUUCGUGAUCUUUUCCAUUCACCACCAAUAUUCAAACAUGAUGUCUUAUUAUCAUGGGUUACACCAAAAAACAAUAAGCUUUUAAAUAAACGUCAUGCUCCAAUUACAUUUGAUAAGGAUCGGCAAAGGGAUGUUGAGAAGAAAUCCAAGGUUGGGAAUGAUCAAAAAAUUUACGCCCCACCAUCUGGUAAAUAUUCCGCUAAUGUUCAAACAUAUGGUACCAGCAACAAUCGCUCACGUCAACGCAAUCCUAAUGGACGAAAUGGUUCCGGCGCUGGUGGACGUAUUGAUAGAAAUAAUUCCAGAAAUGGUGGUGGCAACACCUAUCGUCGCAAUUUUCAAUCCAAAAGAGUUUAAAUUAUAUACGCAUUGAACAUGAAUCGAAUCGGUUCUUUCUUACGUUCACUCCUAGUCUUUUAAAUUUAAUUUCCAAUUUAAGUAAUUCACAUUUUUUAUCAACCAAUAUAACUUUGUUUUUUUUUGUGCGAUUUUGCAAAAAUUAUCGGAUAUCAGAUAUAAAUGAUAAAACAGAGGUAAGUACUAUCUUCUUCAAUUAAUAUUUCUUUUUUUUUUAAUUUCAGCUAAAAAUUAUACAACGUUUGAAUUCUGAUAAUCAUUUUAAAUAAACUUAUUAAACCGAUUAUAUCUUAGACAUAUGUCUAUGUAUAUGAAAACCUAACUUCAAAACUAUUUUUCUUAAAUUAACAAAAAUAAUUAUUCUUAACGUAGACAAAAAUUUCGAUUAAUAAGAUUUUAAUACUUUUACAUUAGUAAUUUUAAAGCUAGAUAUUUUAGCGACUAAAAAAAUAAAAUAAAUUGAAGCUAUAAUAGCAUCGAGUAAAGCCCAUAAACGUUGCGAAAGUCGUAAAAGAUAUUUAUGCGGUUUUAUUGCGAAGCUAUGAAAACUUCAAUUCGUAAAACAUAAAUAUAUCAACAAAUCUAUCGUUAUAUAUGUAAAAUUAAAUGUAAAAUAUGCUUACACGAGAUUCGAUUU